GACUCUCGGUAUAGCAUAAGAGAGAGGGAGAGGGAGAGGGAGAGAGAGGAAAAAGGGGAGGAGAGACAAAUAGAGAAUGAGAGACAGAGAAAGAGAGAAAGGGAGACACAUUUAGGAAACUGAGGACAAGAGGGCAUUUUUUUGGGGCCGGUUACAGAAAACUAAAUUUUUCUUGUGCAGGUCCAUACAGUAGAUAUAUUGCAUGUCUAUCUAUCUCUCUGUGUCUGAGCAGAGGUGGAAGUGUCGGCGACAGAGAGAGGGAGUUGCCUGUUUGAAGAGGUCAGGCAGGCAGGGGAAAGCCGGUGGAUAUUUUUUAAGAGGCCGCUUAUCUGAAACUGACAACAGGAUGAGAGGGUGAGUGAGAGGGGAAAGCCCAGCAGUACAGGGGGAGAACCAUGGAGAGUACAGCAUCCUCAUCCACAGCCCACUCACAGAGGAGACACAGACACAGGCUAACCUAAGAGAGACAAACAGAGAUAGGGGGGAAAGAAAGAGAGAGGAAGAGAGGUAAAAAGAGUUUGUCCAUUCUGUCCAACGGAGAGGGAGCGAGAGACAACGGUUUGUAACACUGGAGCUCAAGGAUAAACCAUGGACUCUGCACACCUCCUACCACGCCUGGACAUCCACCAUGUUCCCUGCUAAACUCUUGGUCCUGAUGGUCCUGCUGCUACCUCAAGCCUCGUCUGGUCGCCAGGGCUUUGCCACCGAGCCCGAUGGCAGUGUGCCGUCGUUGUCACCGUCAUCGCCCACCACCCUGGAGCCCAGCAUGGCCCAGACCAUCCAGAACCUAUUGCUGAGCCGCCUGGGCCUGCAGUCCCACCCCAACCCCCGGCCAGGUGCGCCCAUCCCCCAGUACAUACUGGACCUCUAUCGCUUCCACGCCCAGCAGUACCACCUAGUCCAGGAUCCACACUUCAGCUUCCCCAGCCAGCAUGUCCGGGAGGCCAACACCAUACGCAGCUUCCACCACACAGUGUCUACCAGCUCCUCACUCCCCCUUGAAAAGAGGCUGACCACCGCGAGCAACAACAAGGUCCCCAUCUCCUUCAACGUGUCCUCCAUCCCCCAGGAUGAACGUGUGGUUUCUGCCGAGCUGCGUUUCUUCCGGGGUGGUGGGGCUAGCCUAGGCCCCGGGGCCCACAAGGUCAGCCUGUUCCUCGAUGGAGGCACUGGGGACUCUGAGUCUGAGCCCACUCUGCUGGAGUCACGGCUCCUCACAGGGGCCCCCAGCACCAAGCCAGCUGACUCCUGGGAGGCCUUCAGCCUCAGCACUGAACUCUUCGUAGGAGCCCACGCUUGGACCGGCAGCCUGGCCUUCCUCCUGGAGGUGACCCCUCUGGGUAACACCACCCUCCUCACCCCCCCUGACCAUGAUGCUCUACCACUCUCCACUGGGGAGGAAGGGCGCAGAGAGGGACACCUGAGGGUGCACAGGUCUCUGGGACAGGACGAGCACAGUUGGGCACGGGAGAGACCCCUGCUGGUUACUUACAGCCAUGACGGGCACGGGGAGCCACUAGCCGCCCAUGGCCGGAGAACCUCCGACACUGCCCAGAGGAUGAGGGAGAGGAAGCGGGCCAGAGAAAGGAGCAGGAGCAACAGCAGGGACCGGGAAAGGGACAGAGACAAGGACAGGGACAGGGACUGGAGCGCCAGCCCUGGCUGGGGCGGCAGCUGGAACGAGGGUGGAAGGGUGAAGCGCAAUGGUGGCCGCGUGGCGAAACUGAAGCGUCUGUCCCGCGCCCGCUGCCGCCGCCACCCGCUCUACGUGGACUUCAAAGACGUGGGCUGGAACAAGUGGAUCGUGGCGCCUAGUGGCUACGACGCCUUCUUCUGCCUGGGGGAGUGCCGCUUCCCGCUCACCCACCACAUGAACUCAUCCAGCCACGCCAUGGUGCAGACGCUGGUGAACUCGGUGAACGGAGCCGUACCGCGGGCCUGCUGCGUACCCACCGCCCUCAGCCCCAUCGCUAUGCUCUACCUGGAUCCGCAGGACCGUGUGGUGCUCAAAAACUACCAGGACAUGGUGGUGGAGGGCUGUGGAUGCCGGUAACGGGAAACACAAAAGAGAGGGAGGGAGGAGAGCGAGGGAAGGAGAGACUGAUGAGGUAGGGAAAGAGGGCAAGGACAGAACCCAGCCCAGCAGGACCAUGUGAGACAAGAGUACCUGGACCUUCUGGUGGAGGGAUGAAAAUUCUAGUAGGAGAGAUAGAUGAGGGGGGAAGGGAAGAGACAGGAAUGUAGAACCCAAUCCAGCAGGACCAAGUGGUUUCUAAGAAGUAUAGGUGUUGGAGGGCCACAGCUGUCAGUAGUGGAAAUAAAGAGAGGAUAGGGAGAGGGAGAGAGGAAAACCAGAGACAGAGGAGCCCCCUUACAACACAGCGCAGCGCUUCAGAACUACCACGUAGUGAGAGAGAAAAGAGAGGAAGAGGAACACGAAGCAGUCUUCCACAUCCCAGUAGGGGGUAGAGGAUGCUGCUGACAGAAGAAGAGAGGAACGACAGCCAGGAGUAAAGGAGAGAAUCCUCCCAUUAGCCCCACCUCUUCUCCGUCUAUAGAACCCCUGGGCUUGUUCAAUGCUCACUCGCCAGCCCUCUACGUGUCUGUAAUGUGUCUGUGUCUCUCCGUGCUCAGUGUGUCGCUCACAUCCUCAUUGCAACGUCAAUCUGUAAAGGAGAUGCACUCGACCAGUGGAGUGGAAGACCAAGGGGACUGGCAAGAGAUGAAGAUAUCAGUGCCAGAUUAUACUAUCUAUACGAUGGACAUAUUAUCAAGAGUGACGUAUAGUACAGAGAAAGCUGUCAUGUGGCCCAUAUGAGGAGGAUGGAAACGUAUAACCUUUGCAUCAGUGACACCAUCCUUAAACUAACUCAUCUAACAUAUCUGGGCCAAUGGACAGCUACUGAUCUCUCAUCGAGAGAGAGACAUUGACGGACACUCCUCAUAGACUGAAUAGAUGUGGACUUCUCAGACAGACACACAGACAGGCAAAUUGUCCGCGCCAAGCAUCCCGUCAUGAGAUAUUUAAAACCGCAACAAUAAUACGGAGGAAUUAUUAUGCUAUUGUUUGAAUGUACUACCAUCAUUAUUAUUUAAAAGAUCAUUUUUUUUGUACAUUUCCUUUGCAGAGAUUAAGAAAAAUUAUGAAAACUGUUGUCAUCAAAGUAAUUCCAUUACAUCUAACUUAAAAGUCACAUUAGGUAUUUAAAUAGCAACCACAUAUUGUGUAUUUAACCUUGAAAAUAUUUAAGAUAUCUGCUCUCUACAAAGCCACAUCUACAGUACCGUAAUACAUCUAAAGCUGGAGCCUGCAGUCCUUCUAGUAGCUUUCGUACAGCAAGUUAUGGUGGCUUUUGGUGUACUAGACAUAAUGGAGCAGUCAUAAGCUUGAGAAAUACCACAUAUCAAGGCUCUGUGUAUUGCAAUCCACUGAAUCGUGUAGCAACAACACAAUGUCAUCAUCACCACAGGUGUCUUUUCUAGCAGAGUGCAUGUUUUUAGAAAAAAGAACGGCUAAUGUUAAAGCAGUUGAUUUCCAGUGCCUUUCGGGGGCUUUGCAGGUGUUUUUGAGUAUUUUAAGUAUCUUUCCAUUCGUUUGCUUUUCUCUCUAUUUAAAUGGAAGCAUUUAAACAACAGUCUGUAAAAUGUUUGACAUUGUCUGAAGACACGAGACCUGUAAUAAACAGAGACAAAGCAGCACCUCUGUCACAUGA